AUGACAACCAAGAACAUUAUCCCAGCUUCAAAGCCAGUGACCUACAUUCUGCUCCAGACAUCUUCAGAAGGCCCUAAAACCAUCAACAAAUCCUCCAAGACCAACAAGUCCAAGGGGUCCUUCCUCAAGACACAGGACUUGGUCAGAAAUCUGUCCAAGCAGCUCCCAGGGAACUGUGAGCACUACUUACCUGAGGCUAAAAACUUCUACCGCCUGGACCUGUGUCCCUUUGCAGCAGGAAAGAUUCUGGACCCAGAGCCGCAGCCACAUGUCCCUAUCCCUGAGGCCACAGAAACCUAUAUCCCUGAGAAUUCCACGGCUAGGCUUCAGCUGAUGGAUCAGGCAUGUGGGUUCAGAAAGAACAUCAACCCAGUCCUGUGCCCUCUUAGGAAUGCACCCACUGUAUCAGCCAUGAAGACACCCUCUGCAUAUGCCAUGAAGGUAUCCUCUGUAUCAGUCAUGAAGGCAUCCUCUUCAUCAGUCAUGAAGGUACCCUCUGCAGAUGUCAUGAAGGCAUCCUCUUCAUCAGUCAUGAAGGUACCCUCUGCAGAUGUCAUGAAGGUACCCUCUAUAGUAGUUAUGAAGACACCCUCUGCAGAUGUCAUAAAACCAAGGACCAAGAACCAACCUAAGAAUCAAAAGAAGCAAGACAAGGAAAAACCUUUAUUCUCUCUUGACCUGGUGCUUGUCAACCAAAACCAGUCAACUCCAGCCAUCCAACAUUUACCUAUUCCAGAGGCCACAAAGGUCACAAUACCAGGAACCCAUGUAAUUUAUUGA